CGUACCAGUGAAGCCACACAGCUACGCGGAGUAGGGAGACAUCUACCGUUUGGUUCAUUGUACAUGCAUUUACAGUGUAUCUUCUCCCAGGUGUGGCAGAGUCUCACCCUGUGCUGUCAGAGAGCACUGUCCGGAUCCAUGAAACCAAUCAUUCUUCGGCAUCAUGGAAACAGCAUCUGACAGCCGUGGUCGCCAUGGGCGUCCUCCCCUGUGACCAUCCUCAACAGGGGACCAGGGAGGUAGAGAUGCACUGUGUGAGAUGAAAAGCUGGGAGACGCUUUGAUGGAUGGUGGGCUCCUGCAAAACAGAGCAAACAGGUUUCCUUCUCAGCACUGCCAGACACUAAAAACCAUGGGAAGCAUUUCAGUAUGACGGAGACAGUAUCUCAGAAGGCGGAUGAUAUACAUGCAGGCCGUGCUCUAGAGAGCUCACUGUUAUAUGACCUGAAAGGUGCCAAUACGCAUAGAAACGGAGGAUGAAGAAGAAAAGCCAGUGACAUGAAGAACAGAAGUUUGGUGCUUCGCUGACACAGAGACUCCCCUCCGCUGACAUAAUGAUGACCUGAAAUUGAGGGAGAACUUUCCCUUUAUUCUGAGAAAGAAAUUCAAUUUAUCAUUUAUUUUAUUAAUCUCACUUUUAAAUUAUAUGCUUGGCCUUCAUUAGUCUGAAAAAGACUUAAUAUUUUGCUAUAUGUGUUCACGCAAAUGUUAAAGCUGCUGCCAGUUGCACAAAGAGUUUCAAUCAUUGAUUCACUGACAGUUCUAGAUGAAGAUGGAUAGAUGGUGUUGCCUCCAGUAUCUGGAGAGUGCUAAAUGAGCUGCUGUGUUAGCAGCUGGAUUUCUGGAUGACUGAAGGCAGAUAGCAUUUUAACUGACCAACAAAGGCACACCAGACACCCCUAGAUGUGCAACUGCAGAUAGCAGUAGUUUCAAGUUUUUUUGAGCUUGUGAAAGGCCAGAUAGACAGGGUAGAUUAGUUUGUACCAUGAACCCUAGAGACAGUGUGGAGGUGAUGGAGACCCAGGCGGGAGGUCAGAAGGAGAAGCUGAUUGGAGACAAGGCCAACCCUGGAAAUGAGAUUGAGGGUGAGGAUGACAAAAUCCCUGGGACUUACGACUGCAAUGUCUGUGGACGCAGCUUCCCGUUCCUCAGCUCUUUGUCGCAGCACAUGAGACGUCACACAGGUGCACGCCCUUACAAAUGCCCAUACUGUGACCACAGGGCCUCUCAGAAGGGCAACCUCAAAGUUCACAUCCGUAGCCAUAAACUGGGUACACUCUCUAGCCAUCACUCCAACGAGGAUGAAGAGGGUGGGGCUGAGGAGGAGGAGAUGAGUGUUUCAGAGGGUCUUGAUGGAGGUACGAGUCCAACUAAGAGCAGCUCUGCCUGUAAUCGGAUGAUCAAUGGGGAUAGUGGUGAGGAGAGUCGGAGGAAAGUGCCAGCAAGGAGCAUGAAAAGAGAGAAGUCUGUUACCGACCAGCGGCCUUACUGUUGCCGUCUUUGCGGCUACGAGGCCCAGCGAGAAGACCAGCUCCUCAGCCACAUUGAAAAGGUCCACAUCACAGCUGACACAGAAGAGGAGACAACUGUUAAGGAAGAGGCUGUGACUGAACCUGAUGUCAUCCAACCCCAGAGUGAUGGGACCUUCCCCUGUGAGACCUGUGGCCAAGUCUUCACCCAAGCCUGGUUUCUAAAGUCACACAUGAAGAAACAUGCAGGGAUCCUGGACCACUGCUGUCGUAUUUGUGGACGACGAUUCCGCGAAGCUUGGUUUCUCAAAUCUCACAUGAAAACACACAACACUAAAUCUAGGUCACGGUCAAAAGUAGAUUUAGCUGAGCAUCCAGCCACCAUCAACAAUGUAGCCCAGGAUCCUGAUAUUGUUACUGGCUCUAUUACAUCUAUCUAUCAAAUGUGCUCUAAAUGUGGGAACCUGUUUCACAACAAAGAGAGCCUGAGAGCCCAUGAUAAGGUCCAUAGUCUCAGCUGUGGCAGGAAAUUCCAGAGCCCAUGCAAACCCAGUGAUGAUGAGGACUCGCCCGCUGCUAAGAGACGUUUUCUCGACUAUUUAAACCUCCAGUCUGUUGAGGAAAAGACUCUGGACGAAGAAGAGGAAAGUGAGAAGAUUCUGGGUCAAAGAAUCCCAGAGCUAGAUCCAGUUUGUAGCUACCAAGCCUGGCAAUUAGCCACUAAAGGAAGGGUUGUGGAACCAGUGGAGCCUAGUUACAAGGCCUCUUCUGGGGGAGGAAGUAUGGGUGAGGAGGCCCUUGCUGGAGCCGCUGUGGUUUUUGAGAAGGAGAGCAGUCGUUAUGUCCUGCAAGGUCAAGAGAAACGCAACUCAGGCAGACGCAGCAGCUCUGGGUUGGGAAGCCAUGCAUCUUCGGGGGACCGAACACCAGACAGCCUCAGCGACUCAGAAUACCGGCCUUCAUCUCGCCAAGACAGACGACGGUCAUCCCAUUCCCAAGCUUCCUCCAAGUCCAACGAGUGCUUUGAGUGUGGAAAGGUGUUUCGCAGUCGUCAUCAGAUGAUCGUCCACCAGCGGGUCCACAGGAAGGAUGGAGGCAGGGCAUCUGUGGGAGACAAGGAAAGAACUGCAAGGGAUGACCGAUGGGGCUCAAACAGUGAUCCAGAGUCAGGCUCCCCCAGCCGGCCCUGCACCCCGGGGUAUGGAGACUCUCCACCAGCCUCCACCCUUGGAGAUCCGGUGUCAGAAAUGGGUACUGCAAACUCUGGAGAGCUUUCAGAAGAGAAGCCUUACAUCUGCAGCCUGUGUGACUUUGUGACCACAGAGUCGCAGGCUUAUCUGACUCAUGUUCGUGUCCAACACCCGCCUGCCCCCGAAGAUCAACCCAGCCCCAUUCCCAGCCCCAGCUCCAGCUCAGACAGAGGUACCCCCAGUGGUUAUCCCAAGCUGAAGAAAGCUCUUCUCCAGGGGCUGAACAACUAUGCAUCCCCUCCGGCUUACCUUUCAGCUCGGUCAUCCCCGCUCGAUCCCAGCAUGACCCCUGUGGAUCUAUGUGUGAGGGCUGAAGGGAUCAGGGGGAUAGCGUCCUUAACCUUGAACAGGAAGAGCCUCCCUAGCCACAAGUGCUCCUUCUGCUCCCACUCCACCUGCUACCCUGAGGUACUCUGGAUGCACCAGACUGUGGCUCACCGAAUCAACAGCAGUAGCUCCAAUCUUGCUCCUAAAUGGGCCUUUAAAAACAACCCAAAGGGCUCCAGGGACAGCUUGUUAUCCUCCAGGAGACGUACUGGUCCCCCACCAGUCCUGGAGGGAAAGGAGUGUCCACCUUUGCCUCCACUGAUGCGCACCCAACGUACCCGACCCCCGACCUUCUCGAGCGAGGUUCUAAAGAAGAGCAAGCCAGCUAGUCGUGCAGCCACACCAUCAUCAUCAUCCUCUACACCCUCCUCCUCAUUCUCCAGGGGUUCCUCAUCCUCUUCAGGCACCCAAGCUGGGAGAGUCCCUGUACGGCCAGGCAGCAGCACCAGCAGCAGCCUCAGAAACACAGAGGGCCAGAGCCAUCAGUCUCGCUUCAGACCCAAAGUGGAUAUUUACCCUCGGGGAAGCUCACUUUCAUCCUCUAGCUCCUUAGAGAAGAGCACCGGCACCCUCUCACGUUCCUCCGCCCCAAGCGCCAACCCUGCUACAGCUACCAGGAUGGCCGACCGCUACUUGAUGCCUCAAGAGGGCCUCGGCUUCAUGCUGUCCAGCAAACAUGGCCUAGCAGAGUACAGCCGUGCUAGAGGCUCCCCUCAUCAACCGCUUCCCAACUCCCAGAGCCAGGGCCGGGCUAACACUACGAGGCCCAGCACCAUCACCCACAGCGCCACAUCAGGACACAACUAUGGAAACUCCCAGCCACACGGAGGCACUCUGCAGAAUUUCUCCUCCUCCCCUUUGUCUUCUUCUUUGCCUUCAGAGGCCCGUGGAGAUAUAAAGCAGGAGCCAGAGACACCAGAGAUGCCAAAUGACGUCCUCAGCUUCCUCAAAAACUACAGCCCCCAUGAACUGGCUACCCUCUACCACCGCUGGGGUACAACCAAUGCCUUGCUGGAUCCCACUGGGAUGCUGAGGUCCCUCAUGCGACACGGACAGUAUUUCUGUCAUGAGUGUGGGAAGAGUUUCAGUCAGCCCAGCCACCUGCGCACUCAUAUGAGAUCCCAUACAGUUGGGUUUGAUUUUAACGGACUCCACAGAGGUACUGACGCUCACACCACCGCUUCUGAAGUUCCCAAACAAGGGAGAGGCCAUUCUGCUGCCAGCUCUGCCCAUACCGAGCCUCUCAGAAAGGGAACCUAAAGACACAUGUCCAGAGUGUCCACCAUAUGCCUUUUGACAACAGCCAGUACCCAGACACAAGGAGCUUGUUACUGAGCCAGGAGGAGCGAGGAGAGCUGGCUGCCAAGCACCCACCAAUGCCACAACAACAAUACCAGGAAACCCUCAGAUAGACCAGGAUCUGGACUUGGGACCAGACUAGUCAGGGAAUCACACAACCCGAAAAGACAGUCACCAUUCCUAAAAAUCAGAGGACUGGAAGUAGGAUCCAAGACUUACGAUUGACUUUUUGAGCCUCUCCUCUCCAGCCAUCAUUCUUUAAUGACCUUAGAAGAAUUUUCUACAGUGACAGUUCUUGUAGUUUUUGAAAGUUUUUUUUUAAUUGUAAAGAAGCUAGUUGAAGCUGUGCUAGGCAAUUGUAAAUGGAAAAAAUUCAUGAUGAAAUUCUGCAGUUUGAAAUUCAGGUGUCAGGUGUGCACACAGGUGGGAAUUCUCCUCCACGCAAAAGAAAUGAAGAGGGAAUAGAAGUGUUAGCAGGAAAGCUGGACCACCAACUUCCAUUUCUUCUCUUGCUUGUCUUUUUUAGUGUUGAGAUCUGCAAAAAUGAGAAGUUGUGUGUAGUUUACAUCACCUUAAAGGAUAUCUGAAUAUAGCGACCCCGUCAGAAUUGAAAUAGUUACCUCUUGCUGCCUUUUUGGAGGUACCAGUAAGUAAAGCUGCUUGGUGCAGCUUUACAAGAAAAGAAAAAUGUUCAUGAAGAAAACUGAGGAGAAACUGAACUUGAAUGCAACUGCUUUUAAUCAAGGACUGUGGCAUUGCAUGGCUGCUGUAGUUGCUCCCCUGUCCUAUUAUUUUGUAGCUUUAUGAGUUUGUAUGAGUUUCGGCAUUCCUCAGGACACCAAUCAUCUGAGUGAUGACAUUAGAGAGGAGAAGAUGCUCUGCCCUUCAUCCACAAUCAACUGACGCAUUGCAAGUUUGUCUCCUCUGGGCUCUAAGUCAUGAAGAUGAAGACUUGCAUCUGUGCGUGUGUGUGUGUGUGUGUGUGUGUGUGUGUGUGUG